CUGGUCCUCCAUGUACUUAUGUUAGAAUAGAUUUUUAUACCCGUCCUGACUCCUGAUUCCUAUUAAAUCAAUGCAAAGCAAAAACAGACCGUGGACCCGUACCGCGACCUGAAAGCAACAGAAAGGGAAUUCGUACCACGACCUGCGAACAAAACAGACAAUGAACCCGUGCCGCAACCAGAGAAUAAAACAAACGAACCGGUACCACUACCAGACAACAGAAGCAAAACACCCAAUACCAAAAACAGAAAAGGAACCUGUACCACCACCCAAACCCAAAGAAAUCGCGACCCCUCCGACCAAAUUCUGCCUUUCACCAGCUCCUUCCACUAAAACUACUCGCUACCAGCCGCCCCUCAGUGGUGCACUCCCGCUGUUGAGUUCGGAUCGAGGUCCCUUCCGGCCGCGCUGUGCUCAUCAACUGCAGCGUCAAACCGCAGAGCAGCGUCUUCGCGCCACCAUCGGUGCAUGCGGGUUCGCCACUCGUAUUCUUCGCGGGUUAUGGCGUACACCUCGUCCGAGUCCUCCUGCUCGACGGGAGGUGCGACAUGCUGCAGUACAACCGGCGGUUGAUCAGCAGCCUCGCCCCCGGCCGCUGGUCUCCCGACAGCUUGGCGCUUCUCUGCACGACGUUCGCGGCGACAACCGCUCGCAGCCGCUCGUCGGCCGCAUACGCAGCGGCGAUGGCGACGCUCACGCGCUCCUCCAUUUCCCGCAGCACCUUUAUCUUGACCUGCGCCUGGACCUCCACGUUCUCGAAGAUCUCCUCCGCCUCCCUCUACCUCCGCGCCUUCUCGUACGCCCGCCGCUCGGCAGACACCGCCGCCUUCACCCGUGAGUCGAUCAUCCGUAGCAGACUCAACUCGGCGCCAGCGUCGCGCGAGGCAGCGGCAGCACGCCGCGACGCAGUCCGCUGCCGAGCGAGCAAAUGCACUUGCACGCGCUCCGCCGAAUGCCGCUCCGCCGAUCUCCAAGGCCGCACGCCGUAGGCGACAAUAAGCG